UGAGUACUAAUGUUGAUGUUGUUAUCGUUGGUGCUGGUGCAGCUGGCAUUGCUGCAGCUAUUGAAUUACAAUCAACUAAUUUAAGUUUUCUCGUACUUGAAGCUCGUAAUCGUAUUGGUGGUCGAGCAUAUACAGAUCAAGAAACAUUUCCAUCAAUACCAAUCGAUCUUGGUGCUAGUUGGAUUCAUUCUUAUGGACCUGAAAAUGUACUCUAUGAUUAUCAUGAAUCUUUUAAUGUUGAUGAGAAAAAAUAUUCAACUGGAAAGUAUGGAAUUUGUUUUGAUUAUGAUGGUCAACAUUUUACAAGUGAAACAAUUUUUCAUGCACGAAUAAUAUGUGAAAAAAUAUUUCAACAUUUAGAAUUAUAUACUUAUAAUAAAAAAGAUUAUGAAGAUUUAAGUAUUGAACAAGUAAUUAAAUCCGAAUAUGAUCGAUUAGUAACCGAUGGACCAAUUAAACGUUUCGUUGAUCUUAUGCUUUCCGGUGAAGAACAAUAUGAAGGAUCUAAUUUAACAGAUCUUUCAGCUAAAUCUCAUGGACUUGGAUCAGGUUCAGGAAAUGAUCAAUGGGUAUCAUUUGGUUAUGGAAAUUUAUUAGAACGUAUUGCUAAGAAACAUAAUUUAUCAAUUCAAUUAAAUACUUUUGUUACACAUAUAAAUAUUACUGAUAGUAAUCGAAUAGCUAUAAAAACAUCGAAUGAUUCAUCAAUAAUUUAUUGUCGUCGAGUUAUUAUUACAAUACCAUUAGGUUGUUUAAAACGUGAAACAAUUAUAUUUGAACCACGAUUACCUGGUUGGAAACGUAAUGCAAUUAAUCAAAUGGGUAUAGGUUUAAUGAAUAAACUUAUUGUUCAAUUUCCAAAUUGUUUUUGGGAUUCUGAUAUUGGUUCUUUUUCACAUGCAUGUAAUGAACGACGUGGUCGAUUUCGUUUUACAAUUUGUUUACCAUCACCAGCAAAUAUUCUUAUUCUAUUUGUCACAGGUAUAUUUGCUAAUGAAUUAGAAAUUUUAACAGAUAAUCAAAUUCUUGAACAAAUAAUGAAAUUUCUUCGACAAACAUUUCCUAAAAUUACAAUACCUGAUCCUAUCAAUUAUAAAUUUACUCGUUGGGGACAAGAUCCAUUAGCUUAUGGUUCAUAUUCUAAUUUUGCUGUUCAUGCUAGUCCUCAAACUAUUGAACAAUUUGCGAAAGAAACUUCUGAUGGUCGUGUACAAUGGGCUGGAGAACAUGCUAAUAUAGAUGAUGGUACUGAAGAUUGGUUAUAUGCUUGUGUUCAUUCUGCUUUUCAAAGUGGACAACGAGCAGCAAAAACUAUUCGAAAUCAAUUAUGUUCUUCUUAA